AUGAGUGAUACUGAGCAUGUGGAUACAGGGGAUGCUGCUUCAGCUUUAAUAGCCGGGACAGAGAGUGAUAGUGACGAUUUUGGGAAUUUUUCAGAUGCAUCGUUUACUCAUGAUGAAGAGGCCACCGAUCAAGAGGUGUUUGUACAAUGUCUCGAGGAAGCGUUUGGUACAGGAAGAUCCACUGAGGGGUUACCACCACUGGCGACAGACACCACUGAGUACCGUUUGGAACAAUUGAUCCAGGAUGAAAGGCCGCAUGUUAUUUAUCAACAGCUGGUGGAAUAUAGAACCGCAUUACAGCCUAUUAUUUGGAACAAAUCACAUAUACGAUCUCGAUUAUACCAGAUACUGAGAAUCUCUGAAGAGAAUGAUAAGGAGAAACAACAACAGUUGGAGGAAGAGGAAAAAUUAAAGAGGGCUCAAUUAGAUGAUGCAUUAUUUAAUAAAAUAAUGAAGACAUUAGUUAAUACGAAAUCGGUGGAGAAUACCAUAAGUCAGCAUCAAUUAAAGGACACUUUUAAGAUAAAUUAUACACCAUCCUUGGGUCACUUAUCAUUGCAAGAUGAAGAGAAGCAAGACUUGGAAAACAGUAUCCCCAGUCUGAUAAAGACCAACCCAUCAAGUAAGAACAAUGAAAAUACCCUGGAGUUACAAGAAUAUCACGAUCAACUUUGUAAUUCGAUAGAUUUGUUAAUUGAAAGACUACGAAAAUUGAAACAAAACCAAAGAGAUUUGGAGAAGGAUAAGACUACUUUUGAAAACGUUAUUACAAACCUCACAGGACACACUCAAAGAUUACAGAGAGAUGAAAUUGCAUUGUAUAACAAGAAGAAGCAGAAACAAAAGAGGAAAAUGUUUAGUUGGACGACGAGUCGCUAG